AACCCUUGGCAGCCUCAGUGGCCUCACUGUACUUGCAUGAUUCAGUAGUAUCCAAGCUCAUAGCUACGGUUGUGUACCAGUGAAUAGCAGGAUGAGGAUGUGGGCUAGCCUGCUGGUGGUGGUGGCGGGGUUGACAAUGGCGCAGCAGUACAAAGAGCAGCAGGAGGAGCAGAGGGAGGUGCCAGUCAUCACGACACUGCUGGGUAGGAUCUCCGGAGUCAAGGAAGAAUCUAGAAAUGGCAAGACCUUCCACGCCUACUAUGGCAUCCCCUUUGCCAAGCCUCCUGUGGGUGAAUUGAGGUUCAAGGAUCCCGUUGCCUCGGAAGGAUGGCAGGGCGUGAGGGAGGGGAAGAGCCAUGCCUCAUCCUGCCCGCAGGUGGAUAUGCUGAAAAACAUGAUGGGUGGUGAACUCUCCCCUGUGGGGUCAGAAGACUGUCUUUACCUCGACGUGUUCACCCCACAGACUGUCAAGGUGGGCGAAGGUCUGCCAGUGUUGGUGUCCAUCCACGGUGGCGGGUUCAUAGCCGGGGACGGGAAGAUGGGCUCCCCACACUACCUGAUGAAUAACGACGUGGUGGUCGUCAGCAUACAGUACCGCAUCGGGAUAUUCGGGUUCCUUUCGACGGAGGACGAGGUCAUCCCUGGCAAUUUCGGGCUCAAGGACCAGACGCUGGCACUCCGUUGGGUACACGACAACAUCCAUACAUUCGGCGGUGACCCAAACAAGGUGGCCAUCUUCGGUGUAAGUGCCGGGGGCGCUUCCGUCCACUACCAGGUCCUGACCCCUCACAGCAAAGGACUGUUUUCUCGGGCUAUCAUGCAGUCGGGGGCAGCUCUGUGUCCAUGGGCGAGGGGUGGCGCCCACAGGGAGGUGGCCCAAUACGUUGGACGCGUCUCUGGGUGUCCAGACCUCUACAAUACUCGAGCCUUCCUCCAGUGUCUGCAGGAAGUGCCCACUCACAACCUGACCACCCUACCCUGGUCUCUGAUGGCAGGGUGGAUGCAUCCUUUCCUAUUCGGUCCUCGUGUGGAUGGGGACUUCUUGCCGGACGACCCUCGCCAGAUGCUGAAGGAUGGGAGGCACCAGGAUGUUGACAUCAUCUCUGGGGUGAUGCGACAUGACGGCAGCCUCAUGACUCAUAAUAUAUUCUUCAACGAAGCCGCGCUGGCAGGGUACAACGCCAACUUCUCUGUGGUCGCCCCCAUCUCACUGGAGUUCGAGGCUGGCGACGUGGACAUCGCAAGCCAGACCAAGAGGAUCUUCGAGUAUUACCUGGGAGGCUCCACCGUGACAGUCGACAACGCUGCCGCUAUUACUGAGAUGAUGACUGACCGACACUUCCGGCUGCCCCACGAGGAGACGACGGAGCACCUGGCCCGCACACUGCCAGCCCACAACAAGGUGUUCUCCUACCUCUUCAACCACAGGGGCCAGUUCUCAUUAGGGGACAUGAACAAGGACCGAGUGGUUGGCAUGAACUGGGUAGGUCAUGGUGACGACCUGUUCUACAUCUACAAAUUUGCCAUGCUCUUCCCCCCGUUGGAGAGAGAUGACGACAUCCGGCUGAGUGAUAUUAUCAUCAAGAUGUGGAUCAACUUUGCUGCCACCGGAAACCCGACUCCCGACGAUUCACUGGGGUUCAGAUGGGGGCCCUUCAGUGAGCAUAACAACCAACACCUGGAGCUGACGGUGGAGCCCACCAUGACUCGCUACUCCAGGCACCAGGUUCGGGAGUUUUGGUCAUCGCUGCCGCUACUGGAGAACGUCAUCUUGCACCCGGAGAAGGUGUCUCGCCUCGCUCACCACUGGCUGAGGGCCACGCAGGGAGAGAGGCAGUCCUUCACUGCCACAAAGGGCACCCUAUUUCCUGGUCACUCCGAUGACUUACCUCUACGCAAACCUGUCAAGGUUGCCCUGAGAGAUGAACUGUAACCUCACCACUCUCCACGACCGACCAGCCAUGCUCCUGGGCACAGAAAAUUAUUGUUAUGAGAAUCUUUGUUAAAAUUGCAGUCUGUCUCAAACAUGUCAUAAUUAAAAAAAAUCCUAAGUAAAUGUCCCUCGUCCCUGAACGCAUCAAAUUUAUCAAGCUUCACCACCAAGUUGGGAGUUACAAUGGUGUUGAAACAGCCUAUCAUAACUAGAUGUGUUUCCUUAACACCGAAACUAAUGGACGAAAAUGAAAGUACAACUCCCUAGGAACCCUGUCUGUGUUCCAGUGAGCCUUGAUGCUGCCGUCGGGACCUGUAGUGGGUUAAGUCUGGCCUGGGGCGUCCACCAACGACAACAAGGCGAUGAUGCUUCCUCCUCGACAUCCCAGAAGGUACAGGGACCAAAUAACACUUUCACAACAAGAUAUGAAGUGGACAGAUUCCAUUUGAAAAUUAAAAAAAAAAUUCAACAAAAUCCCAUCGAACGAACUCCCACCUGAUGAAACACCACCGAACAAAAUCGCAGCGUACAAGAUGAUAGGGUAUAAAAUAACUCCUCAGCACCAGUGAUUUUCUUCAUCUAACGGUGUCUGAAAGUAGACUAAAUUAACUAAAAAAAAUAUAUAUAAUACCAUUUAUGACUUUUGCACUUUUGUUUGUUUAGACUAGCAAAUGUUAACACAGUAAAUACAGGAUCUGUGUUUUUAUGCCCUAAAGUAUUGUAGCUCGAGUUAAGUAAGCUAGAUUCUGGUAUAGCAAAUUUUAUUAAGGGGAGAUAGUCUAUUAACUAAGCAUUGUGUGAGUACUCGGUAUUUACCUGAGCUAAAGUCGUGAGCCACAUUGUGAAAUUAUACCUUAUGUUUACACUUCCUUUAAGUAACCAAUUAUAGGCAAGGUUAUUUGGCUUCCGUAACUAUAAAAUAAACAAAAUAAAUGGAGUUAUGCCUUGAGAAAGUUGUUUACAGUAUCGAUAUCCCAUAAUCUGUGUUUCCAUGCUCUAUUGCUCUUACAAUCUGUCUCACUUUAAAAAGCUGGUUUUCCGGCAUCUUCGUGGUGUAGAUUAAUACGGUAUAACCUUUUUUUUUUUCUAUAUUUACAAUUUCUUUCCGUUCCUUUUUUUUCGCCCCCCAGGCUCCGUUGUGGGUCGUUUGACCUGUGCCCGGGUGAGCUAAUUCCCGUUAAAAAAAAAGUACGUUAUGAGAAAAUAAGGAUAGUAUGAUCGAUGGCGGAGAAGCAUAAGAAAUCAUGAAUAAAUAUGAUAAUUUAAAUCAAAUAAAACAACCUGUCAAUCAUACAUUAAUAAACUAAAAUCUCUUAAAAAUUGAAGAAAAGAUGACUAAAUAAUGUAAAAAAUUAACAUCAUUUUACAACUCUUACAUUGAUAUUAGUAAACAAAAGCCUACUCGCUGUACUCUAAAGAGGAUCAAUACAACGGUAAUUCCUUUAGUUAUCAAGUGACCCAGAGAGUUAAGAUCACAGGGUCGGGGGAACAGUUAUCAUCAGUGUAAUUUCUUGAUAUAUGGCAGACAAACUUCUCUCUACUGAAUAUCGAGUUUACUUCCUCAACAGGGCCGGCCUUAGGAGGUGCGGGGCGCAAUUGGGAACAAUUUUGGUGGGCCUCAGGUUCCCAGCCAAGGUCUAUAGAAUCAUAGAAAUAUAAAUAAAGUCUAUUAUUGACUUUAUAUCUCUAUGGUAGAAUGGAAAGUAAUCAAAAUGUGCGCUUAACCAGUGCAUGCGAGUUAAUGGGCCAAACAGAUCUAAGCUACAUUUUAAUAUAAAAUUGCAUACAUGUAAGCCUACACGUAACAAACAAAAUGUGUAGAUCACCUCUGAAAAGUACAUAGUUACAAUACCACUUGUUUUAGUGACUGUGAAAUGAUUUAUUAAAAAUAUUAAUUUA